UCAAAAUGGAGGACGAUUCUCCUGUGAUUUACGGCUUAGAGUUUAACGCUCGAGCUUUGUGCCCCCAACAUGCAGAAGCUGAUGUUAUAAGAUUUUUGGUUGGUUCACAGUCACUCAGGUUUGAAAAUCAGGUCCACUUGAUAGAUUUUGACGAUGAAAGUAACAUUAUCAAUAAAAAUGUUUUUAUGCAUUCGGUAGGAGAAAUAUGGUCAAUAAAUUCAAGUCCAGUUGACAAGAAUAUUCUCUCAACAUGUUAUAAUAAAGUAAGUGAUAACAAGGCUGAAAUCAAGGCAGGAAUCUGGAGGAUUCCACCAGUUGACGAGACAGAGCCACCACCCCCUGACUCCCCAGGGUUGAGUCACUCAUCUGGUGGAGGCUACACUAGACCACUGCAGCUUGUAUGUGAACUGGAUAAUCAAAAUGAAAAUAUGAAAAGUGUGUUGUGGAAUCCUUCUGGUAAUGGUUCUCAAGUCAUCUCUGUAUCAGAACAACAUUUAAACCUUUGGGACAUAAAUACUUCCACUGCUAUUCUUGAAUCUGUUGAUUCUGCCAACCUUGUUGGUAAAGGUCAACCCAAGUUCACUACAGGAAGAUGGAAUCCACACCAUGGUGGAUCACAGUUAGCGACAACCAAUGACACAACCAUACGAGGCUGGGACUCAAGAACACUAAGACAAGUGUACAUGAUAGAGAAUGCUCAUGGCCAACUAGUAAGAGAUAUAGACUUCAACCCUAACAAGCAGUAUUACAUGGUCAGUUGUGGUGAUGAUUGUAAGAUUAAAUUUUGGGACACACGGAAGAUUGAUGAACCACUGAUGGUUGUCUCUGAACACUCUCACUGGGUGUGGAGCAUUCGUUACAAUCAUUUCCAUGAUCAACUUCUGCUGUCAUCAAGCAGUGAUAGCCGUGUUAUUCUUCAUAAUAUUAUUUCUUUGUCAUCUGAACCAUUUGGUCACCUUGACAAUGAAGAAGAUGAGGAAGACAAGAUAGAAAAAACGUCUAAAGAUCCCGCUACCGACGGCGUAAUAGCAACAUUUGAUGAACAUGAAGACAGUGUUUAUGCCUCAGAAUGGUCAACUGCCGACCCUUGGGUGUUCGCAUCUCUCUCUUACGAUGGAAGACUUGUCAUCAAUAGAGUACCAAGGGCAGAAAAAUACAAAAUACUGUUAUAAGAAGAUAUAGAAAAAAUCGUAAGGGAGUUGGAUUGGGAAUAUACGUUGAUAAUAUCUAGAAAUUCGUUGUUUCAAUUUCAAACACGAUACAUACUGGUAGUUAGUAUGAAAUAUUUCAAAUAAUGUACAAAUGUCUAUACUAAGAUAAAUAAAAUGCUUGUUUAUAUAGUAA